ACAUAACUUGCGACCAAAACAUUCAGAUUCUUGAAAACUAUUAGUGUUUGAUUUGAUUCUAUGGGCUUACUAGAUCAUCUCUGGGACGAUACCGUCGCUGGUCCUAGGCCAGAGAACGGCCUUGGCAAGCUUCGGAGACACCAUACCUUCAGUUUCCGGCCUACCUCCGGCAAUGAUCAACCAGACGGUGGAAGCGUGAGAUCGUACGGUGAUGAAUCACCGGAGGAGGCCGUGAAAGUGACACGUAGCAUCAUGAUCAUAAAACCACCAGGAUACCAAGGCGGUUCAGCUCCGGUUUCACCCGCCGGUUCAACUCCACCUGUGUCUCCUUUCUCUGGUGAGUUUUUGUUAUUACCAUUUUGUUUCAGUUAAUUAUUUGGUUAGGUGAAAUAGUAGCACACUCACUAAUUUCAUUUAGGGGUAGAUUCGUCCAUUCAUUUGUAAAUUCUGAUAGGAUGAAAUACAUGUAAGUGUACUUCUCUUGACAGUUUACACUAUGUGACCACUUAUGUGAUGCAUGCUUCUUGAUAAGAUGAGAUGUGACACAGUGCAGUCCAUCUAUGAGAGCAUCGAUUUUUAUUGUCCCUUGACUGUUGUAUUGAAUGAAUUAGGUGAGCCGUAUUGUUGUCACAUGUUGUCAUGCGUACGUAACAUAUCAUUUUCGUGGCUGCUCAUGACCGCUUAAAUAGACUUGGUUUAUAGUUUUAAAGAUUGUAUAUGGUUUAUGGGUUUGAAGUGAAUGUAUGAGUUUUAUUACUAACGAGAAUGGACCCUUUGGGAUGUUAACGGAGCAAACGCAGGAGGAAAGGAACCCUUUCGGUUUAGGAGAAGGUCGGCUUCGGACGCGUUCGAGAAGGGAUCAGGAUCAGAGAAUGGACCAAGGAACUCUCCUCCUACUUACGGCCUGUGAUCUCUAACCCAAAUCUCAAAAGACAGAAAGGAGAAGAAGCAGAGUAGCACCCAAAACGCUAUCGUUUUGACGACACAUCAAAGUGGUCCUUGACUCCUUGCAUGCAGAGUUCGUGUUCCGUUUGUAGGCCAAAGAGAUUACGUUUUGUGUGUGUGCGCGUGUAUGAGUUUGUUUAGUGUGUUUGUGAAUACGUCUCUGUUUUUCUCUUUUUUUGUUUCAUCUCGUUUUCGCAAUGCUUUUACGUGUCUGUACAUAUUUGCUUCAAUGAUAAUAAAACAGUACGUAGAUGCUUAAGAUCACUUCUUUUUAUCUACUAAUCC